AUAAUUUUUUUUUUUUUUUGCAUGUGAGAUGUGAGGUCUGUCUCAUCUUUGUUGUUCCAGGUGGACUCAUGGGACUGAUGGUCUCAAAGCAUCUCUCAGGAGGGCAGCGGCAGACAGUGGGGGAUAGGGGGGCGCCGAACACGUGUGCUCCAGAAUGGGUCCGCUUUCCACCAGCUCCCACUCGGUGGCCUGCCACCUUCUUCCCCGCCCUCUCUCAGCAGAGUUUCCUCGGCUGUGGGCUGGGGGUGACUGGGUGGGCCCUGGGCACAGGACAUGUGCACAGAUGUGGGGCUUGCAGGGCCCCUGGGAGCAGAGAAGUUCCCCCAGGACCCACAGGAAGGGGAGGAAGGAACAGAUCUCAAAGCCUCCCCCACUGUAAGAGUUCAGGUUGCUGUGGUUCUUAGCAUAUGUUCCCCACGCGGGCCACUCGCCUUGAACAUCUACUUCAGUGGGGGGAGGGGGGCAGUGAGGAGCCUUAAGGAGGGGCGCCCUGGGGUGGUCUGGUGAUGGGAGAGAGGAGGGUAGAGGGCAGCGCUCCUCAAGCCCUGAUGUGUAUACAGGUCCACUGGGGACCCUGUUUAGACAGAUUCUGGUCCAGCCUCCACCCCAGGGGCCACCUGCGGAGAAGCAAGGGGUAAAGCCCAGCGUAAGCAGCGUGACAUGACCGGUCCAGAGCAGCGGUUCUCACACUCGGGGCAUCAGAAUCCCCUGGGGCUUGUUCAAACCCUGAUGGCCGGGCCCACCCUCGGAGCCGGGCAGGGCUGGACUGAGGAUGUGCACUUUGGCACAGUUGCAGCGGGGGUUUGUUCUCAGAGGGCUGGGCUACCCCACCUGCCUGACGAGGGGCUGCACUCUGGGCCUAAGCUGCACCCCCUGCGUGGGGUGGGCAUAGGGGGCCUGGCUAGGGUGCCCUGGGGUCCCUCAGAGCCCCGACCUCUCUCUGCAUGGGCCCUGCCCAUUGAGCAUGUGACCCCCACCUUCCUGUACUUCAGACCCCCCAGGGGAUGCCCUGGAUGGGAGACGCGGCUGGUUUCUGACUUGGAGUCUCUCGUGGAGACCCGUACCCCUCCUGGAAUGAUUCUUGGGGGAUCGUCUGGUCCCCCCAUCCUUUCUACACAGAGCACUAUCAGCCUGGGCAGGAUUUCCACGCCCGCAAGAUGACAGGGUUUGUCCAGGGUUGGAGUUUGGAGGGUGGGCUGCCCCCACCCCCUGGGAGGACCCUGGGUGGCGGACGGGCGCGUGGGCGGCGCUGUCCCGCGUGGGGGCGGCUUGGUAGUUGCCCAGCACCAGCGCUGACGCCAUGUCCUUUGCCUUGCAGCGCCGGCCGACAGCUCCAGCCUGCUGGCCCCCGAGGGCACUGCUAUGCCGGGCCUGAGCCGCCCACCCUCCGACGGCCCCACGGGCGCCCUGCUGCCCGCCACACAACCGUGCCGCACAUCCCCUGAGGGCCCCCCUCAGGGCAUGCGGUCGCGGCCAGGUCCCAGGCGCGUGGCCCGCUCUGCCAGCGACCCCACCUCGUGGGGCCCCUCCAGGGCGGCAGGUGAUGCCUCGUCACACACCCCAUCCUGCAGCCAGGAUCUUGAAGCAGGACUGUCCCGGGCUGCACGGGGAACCGCUUCCUUGUCUCACUCUGUCAUGGUUGCCUGUGCCUGUCGGCCCCAGCUUUCACCCCCCAGGGAACCAGAUGCCUGGAAAACGGACCAGCGGUUAAAGCCAGAGGCCUUACAGACAGUCUCCAAAGAGCGGCCGCACUCCUUAGUGGACAGCAAGGCCUACGCGGACGCCAGGGUUUUGGUGGCUAAGUUCUUGGAACACUCGAGCUGCUCCCUUCCCGUGGAGGUGAGGCACGUGGUGGGCUCUGCUCGCUCGGCCAUCCCCUCCGAGGAGCGCCACAUGGAGGAGGCCGUCCUCAGUGCCCGUGUCCUGGACCAGCUGUGAAGGCGCCUCCGUCUGGAUGUGGACGUGGACAGACCUCAGAGUCCCUGCCAGGGACGCCGGGCCUGUGGGGAAAGGCUGCUUCCCCGGUGGAUCAAGUGGCGGAGGCCCUUCCCUCCUCCAGGGGGACCCCAUCGGCUGUUUUCUGGGGGCUGACGCUUCCUACCUGUCCCAGUGAUACAGUGGAUGACUCUCUUGUGUCCAUCGUGAAUUCUUCCCUGUUGUCAGGCAGGUAGCACCUUGAACUAGCCACGUGACAGCGAUCCAGUGGCAGGGGACACGCAUGUAGCUAAAGAAACUGAAGUAUCUUCACACUCGGGGCCAUGGAAGAGCAAGAUUCUCCUGCACCCCAGUCCUCACCCCCCCCCAAUUUAGUUUAGUGUUUAAAGGGGUAGAGGAGUCCAUCAGGCAAUGAGCCCAUUUCCCCUUGCGGUUUGAAUCAAUGAUCAACCCUUUCUUAGAGGCUGAUUUUUAAGAAAAUAAGUCAUUCUAGCCCAGAUGGCAGCGGAGGUCCAGCCUUAUGCCCGCAGGGAGACAGGGCCACCCUGUGAACAAACAUACAAUGAGGGACUCCCCAGGGGGGCCCAGCCACCCUGUGGCAAGGGGCUUUGAGGGACCUGCACCCCCCCCGCCCCCCCGCACCUUGUCUCCCGGGCAACCCCUCCCUGCCUCUCCCUGCCCCAGGGCAUUUUCCCAGCUUCCUCUCUGGCUGUCUCUCCACUGUCUCUUUAGCCAGCUCAGCACAGAGCACUUUGAGUAGUUAUUUGCCCCGUAACAAUAAGCCCCCAUGGCGAGCCCCCGGGGUUCUCCCACAUCUGCCCUCGCCAGACUGGCCUCAAGGGGUCUCUGAUGACCCAGAGCAGCCCCUUCCCCAGCCGGGCGGCAGCCGCCACAUCUGCUUUGGAAGAUGCCACCUGUCGACCGCUCCUUUCCGUGAACCACCCCCACCUCGAGCUGGGUGCGCAGAAGCCUCCUCGGCCACAGCAGCUUGGGUGCCCUGGACCUUCUUGGCCCCCUGGGCCGCCCUGUUCUGGCGACCUCAGCAGCAGCAGCGCUGUGUCCUCAGGACUUUCUGCAGCCACGGGGACACCUGUGCCAUCCUGGAGUGUGGCUGGCGGCUCCUGCGUGGGACAAGGCAGCCGGAGACCACAGUUCUCAACCAAGAGCCCAUGGCCCAACACGGAGUGCCGGGGGCGGGCUGGGAGGGUGCCCAGCACUGCCGGGUGUCCAGCAGCCCAGGGCUGUGCCACCGCCACCGCCCCACCCCCGUAGCCAGUGUGCUGGGGGGUGUGGGGGGAGCAGGGACGGGGCUCGCGGGGGUGUUUCCAGCCCAGACACCCCGAGGAGCCCGCGGUGCCAGUCAGCUGCCAACGCUUUGCUUCCUAAUGUUAUCAUUGGUCACUGCCGUCCAGAGGUGAGAGCUGGACCAAUAUAUAAGUCAGGCCUUGUGAUGAUAGCAGGAACUUCUCCACUCGAGACAUCACAGAGGAGAAUUUAUGAGCACUUUAUCCAGACUAUAAAACGGGAAAUCUCUACUCUAAUUUUUCUCAACUGAGGGCUUUUGAAGUCCCCAAAAGUAAAUCUCUCUGCAGGUAAAGUAAAUUUAUGGUUUUUCCAAGGGGCCUCCCCUAAGCCUCCCAGCAAAGCAUGGAUGGCCCCAGCGCCCUGGCCUCUGCAUCAAGGCAUCUCUGGGGUGGCAACCAGGGCUUAGCAGGCUGCAGGGGUCUCACCUGGGUGGGGGGCUCACGUCAGGUUUGGGGGCUCACACGGCAAGGCCCUGGGCCAAGCCUGCAGGUCUCAGACAGGCUGCCUCUCGAGUGAGGCCAGCCCUUGCGUCCACCCCCCACCUCACGGGCAUCAGAAUUGUUACCCUGCAGCGGGCUGGGUGACCUCCAGGAGGCCUGGCCUGCUGCUCUGUGUCUUUUGCUUCCCCUCCCUGCAGGGCGCCAUGUCUCCUGCCUCCGAGCACCUGCCACAGCCUGUGCCUCCACCUGGGUGCAGGUAGGUGCUCUGGCCUGAAGCCCACCGGCCGGCCGUUCUCAAGUGCUCGGCCCUCACACGUGUUCUCACAGCAUCUCUAUCUUGCGGGUGAGUACGCUGUACCCAGUUCUACAGCGCUGGGCUGGCACCUUCUGAGGGCCCACGUCGGCUCCUGCAGGCCCAGGCACCUGGCUCCCAGGAAAGGUCCCGGGAAGAGAGAAGUGCCUGGCAACGGGCCGGGGUCUGACUCCCCAGCCCAGGUACCUUCAACCCCACUCUGCUCGGCGGCACCUGGGAACCAGCAGCCCCGGCAUCGAGCGCCCUGAGCCCCAGGCUGUGUCGGCUCAUAGCCAAGGGGAAAGGCAGUGUCCCCCCGUCACUGGUGCGUCCUCGUCCGCUCGGCCCUGGUCUCCCCGCUCUCGUUAACACGUCAGCAGGCAGGUCCCCACGGGCUGCGCUGGAAGCCAAGGCCCAGGAUGCCCCCUGCACAGGGCCCGGGGCCUGUGCUCUCCUGGACCUCCCCCACCAAAAAGACGGCCAGCACAGGGCCAGUGCCUGUCUGGCGCUGCCAUUAGACCCCCACCCAGGGACCACAAGGAUGCUGGGCUGGAGGAACUCCAGACCCCUACUCUAUGGCAAACAGGGGGGCGCUUAUCCUUCACAAGCACUUAAGGGCUUCUUCAGCUGGUGACAAUGAUACAAAUUGAAUGCGUGUAACAAACCACAUAAAAGAAAGCUUAUUUCGAAUGGAUGUUUUCUCCCCCGCGGCUGUAUUGAUCCACAGAUGCUGCUAUUAAGGCAGAAUUUAUAGGAAAUUGUUUUCAAGCCUGUUUGUACAACUGGCAGGCUGUAUUUAUUUAAUGUACCUCAAGGUGUUUUCAUAAUGAUCAGUGUUUUAAUAAAAACUAUUUCUGGCCUCUGUGUCUCUGAGGUCUGAUCGGGACAGAUGCCGAGAGCCGUGUGUACUGCUGGUGACCAGGUGCCAAGCGAGGGCUCAGGCCGGACGACCGACCACGGAGCACGACCCACCCCGGCACCUGACUGUGUUUCCUAACAUCCUUCUGGAGACAGACCCUGGGGGUGUGAGGGGAGAGGGCAGGCGCCCAGCCCACAGCUGUCCCUCUGUGGGACAUGUCCCCCAGCUUCUGGGAGGAAUGCAGGCCCUUGGCUUAAAGCUCUUUUUUUUUUUUAAAA